AUGAUAUCUCAAACACCAGCUACGACGCCAUUACAAAACUCGGAGAACAAGAAGCUACCCUUAAUAGUUGAUGUUGCUCUCGACAAUAAUGGGAAGCAAUUAUAUCAAGUCCAUGAAUCAACAAAAUUAUAUAGAAAAGAAAUGCCCAGAUCUACCAAUUUUACAGCUACUUGUAAUGCUCCUAUGGUGGAUAUUAAUGAGGCAACUCCAAUAAGGAGCCUGUUGGGAACAAUGAGUCCCACGUCUGUUCCUGCUAGAGUGACAUUUGAAAGUGAUGAUCUUGACGUUUCACCAAUUUCAAGUAGAAGAGCCGGUGCUUUGUUCUCGAAAGUGAAUGAUCCAAGUGAGCUUGGUUUAAGUAGUAGUCUGUCGGGUACUAAUGAUAAUGACAUUUGGUCCGAGGAUGUUGAACAAGCCUUUGAAGAAGUUUUGAAAAUUAUUCCAAAGAAUGGAUUGAAUAAGAUAAAGCUCGCUGGUAGAUCUUGUGGAAGAAAUGAAUUGAUCUCAGAUUAUAUAUUAACAAAGACUGGUAAGUUUAGAACUAGAAAACAAAUAUCUUCCCAUAUUCAAGUUAUCAAAAACCUAGGACAAAACGCCGAGAUUAUAGAUUUGAUCAAUGAUGGACCAAUUUAUACAUCUAAGAGAGAACAAGAUGAAGCAAACAAGAAAUUCGAAGAUAUAUUUUCAAAAAUCAACUUAAACAAAUCACUAGGUAUCAGUGAAUCAAUCAAGACUAGUGCUCCAACUACUGGAAUGCCUCCUGCAAAAAGAAUGAAGACAAGACGUAACCCAAGGAUACAUUUCCACAACUUCUAUAUGACAACAGACGAUCCCUAUUCCAAAAAGCCACUUAUUUUAUCCAUACAACCAAGUAAUGAAGAUGUCCAAUGUUUGAGGCUAAAGAAUAACGUAAACAUGUCUAACAGGUUUCCAGGACUAGAUGAAUUCAAGAAUUGUUCUGAUAUUCCAAUAAUUCAUAACAUGGUAAAAUUGGUACUCGGUAAAGUACCUGAAGGUUUUAGUAUUGGCUCUGGUUUUAAGUCUACCUUUAGUUUGAAAAGCGAUGAUCCUUCUGGAUCCUCAAUUCAAUUGAAUUCAUUUAAUAAUAUAUGUUCAUAUGGAAAACAAAUUUUAAAAUUCAAUCAAACCGACAUACACUUCAAUGUAGAGCAAGAUUUCUUAAUACUGUUCUGGAAGAGAUUUUUAAAUGGAUUAGCAACCAAGAGUGAAUUACAAAAAGCCUCAGCAUUUAAGGGAUUAACCAUAAAGCAAAUCUUAUAUGAAGCUGGUCCCACAAGUAUUAAACACGGAGAAGAUGCUAGUUUAAUUGCUAAACUGAAAAUUAAAUGUGUUAUACUCUGGGAAUUUGCCAAAGUUAAUGAAUUAAAAGAUGCCAUAACUACAACCUCAAACUUAAUCUUACCUUCCCCUCAAAUCACCGCACCUAAUGACAAUAUAGUUUCUCAAGUAUUUAACCAUAGUUCUACAACGAUGCCUCCCAUCCUGAAUCCGAACUGGUCAGUCGCUACUGCGAAUUCAACAUUCUCAACCGCCCAAUCAGCAGCCGCAUCCCAACUAAAUACAGCUAGUUCAAUUAUUGUCGAACAAGCGUCUGCAUGGGACCACCCCCAAGGAAAGUCACAAAAUAAACUUCAAUUUCAAAGCGGAGUAACUACUGAUCUAAUCAUGCAGCCACCAAACGCAUCUCUAUAUCACUAUCCACAAAUCUCCACACCCACUGGUACUUCUGCUAGUGUUAGUCUUGCGUCAGUACCUCAACAAAUGCCAGCUUCAGUGCCUGUCCAAGCUUCAACGAGUCAUCCUUCCGCGAAUAUGGAUCUUAUGAUGCUUUCAGGGAAUGAAAGUGUGGGGAAUUAUGGAGCGCCAGUGAAGAAUGAAGAAUAUGAGAUUCAUGCGCCUGAUUAUUCACGGGACAUGUCUGGUAAUUUCAAUUAA